AUGUUCGCGUUCUGCCUCGAUGAUUCCGGGAAGAAAAGCGAGAUCAAGAUUACCUCUCCAGUUCUGGUCGAAGUGAUCAAAGAGAUUGUCCCUCUCUCCUUUUUUGAAUCCACUCCAGACAGUGUCACCUUCCAAGAGCCGUACGCACACCUCUUUCAGUACUCCAAGGACAUACACAAAGCAUUAGAAUCUCGGAUUAGCCCCCAUUCGGACCAAUUUCGAGACUUUCGGACCCUGAUAUCUUUCCUGGAAAGUCACGCAAGGUACGGUAUCAUAUGGAAAUCCCUGGAUCGAGACAAUCAGAGAGUAGUCAGUUUCGAGAACCUCUGGGCCGUUUUCAGAGUUGGUGAACCCGUUGCCGUCCAAGACCGGCUAGAGGAGAAACGCCUCUUCAAAUUUACACGUCUUGAAGACAGUAUUGGAGACAUGGGACACCAAAAAGACUUUUGUGUAGCAGUGGAGGUGCAUUUCUGGUAUAUUGUCUGGAGCCCAGGGAAAAAGCGAUUUUGUCAGAAAAGUCAAUAUUCCAAGAUCCCGAGGUUUGCUGGUCACCGAAAAGUAACUUCUCUACCUAUUUAUCCCUUGCGAUAUGAGGAUCAAGCUACGAGGGAGCCUUUACUUAUGAAACUGCAAGCUCGUGGAAGGAAAUGGGCGGAUCUCAUCUCGAAACCACCCACUUGUUUUGAGUAUUCUGGCCACGCUAUAUCAGAGGACGAGGAUGGAAGACUGACUCAGAAUCUCACGCAUUUGGAAGGGCGCAUCAUCCUGGACCAGAAGGACACCAUGUCCAUUUCCGGUCUUAUCGAAGAUAUUGAAUUUCACAACAGCUCGGGCGAAGUGGAUGAGAAGCUCAACGACUCUUGGAACACUUCCCAGGCCUCGAAAUUGUCCAGCCCAGAGCAUUUUCAGCUUUGUCCCCCACAGAUCAGCUGCUAUCACGUUUCAAGUGGGAAGCGCUACGUCGUGAGCGUUACUAACCUGCAACCAGCGAGAUGGUCUGAGACGGCGAUAAACCAGCUUAUUCUUGAUAAUGACAAAAAGGAUAUGCUCACGAGUAUCGUGAGUAAUCAGAAUAACAAUCAGAUUAAGAGUGGUGAUAUCAUUGAGAACAAGGGCCGUGGACUAACAAUUGUUCUUCACGGUCCCUCAGGGGUUGGAAAGACUCUGACGGCCGAAUGCAUAGCUGAGCACGCCAAGAGACCUCUUAUACCUCUAAGCGUUGGCGACCUUGUUGCAAUGGAGGAUUCGAUUGAGGAUCGAUUAACGGAGGCUUUCGCGAAUGCUAGUCGCCUGGGGGCAAUACUUCUGCUUGAUGAGGCAGACGUUGUCCUGGAAGCGCGCUCUUUCGAAGAUGUGCGAAGGAAUGGAAUUGUCUCGGUGUUUCUGAGACAACUCGAGUACUACAGCGGGAUCCUUGUCCUCACAACCAACCGGAUAAAUUCUAUGGACCCAGCAUUUCAAUCAAGGAUACAAGUUGCAAUCGCAUACAGCGAACUCAGCACGAAACAAAGAGAAGGCAUCUGGGGGAGCUUGUUGAAUAGCAACCUGAUAGAUUCUACCGAAAGCGACAAGGCCAUCAUCGAAGACCAUAUACCACAGCUCGCGCAGUAUCCACUGAAUGGUCGCCAGAUACGCAAUACCCUGAAGCUGUCCGCCAUCAUGGCUGCGGCAGAUCUCGUCAGUGAUCGAAAGGUACAGAUGAAACACAUCGAAAAGGCGUUAAGAGAUGCCCUGCAGUUUCAAGAAUGUUUGGAGGCGGGCAAGAAGGAAAUGAAAAAUAGAAACAGGGUCUGGAAACCCUUUGCUCCAUCGCAGGGUCGGAAUUAUGUAUGA